AUGAUAGUAGUUCGUGUUCAUUGUAUUGGUAUUAAUUUUCGUAAUGCACUCAAAUCACGUGGUCUUUAUCUACAUACACGUAUUUUUGCACAAUCUGAUGAAGAUCAACCAAAAGUUAAUCGAGAUACAGAACCAGGUUCAGAUUUUCUUGGUACUAUUGUACGUGUAGGUCUUACAAUAACUAAUUUUCAAGUUGGUGAUCAUGUUGUAGAUGUUACUGGUGAUGGUACAUAUUAUUCUCAUAUUAUGAUUAAUUCUCAACUUAUAAUACGUAUUCCAUCUGAUUUUCUUCUUACUGAUGAACAAUUAUGUGGUCUACCAUGUCAAAUUUUAACAGUUAUUUAUUCUCUUAAAUAUCGUGUUCAUUUACAAUCUGAUCAAACUGUUCUUAUUCAUGCUGCAACAGGUGCUGCAGGUCAAAUGUGUAUUCAAUAUUGUCAAUGUACUGGUGCUCGUGUUAUUGCUACAGCUGAAAGUGAAGAAAAACGACGUUUUCUUCGUGAACAUUAUGGUAUUGAACAUGUAUUUAAUAGUCGAGAUGCUUCUUUUGUUAAUGAUAUACGUCGAAUUCUCCCACAAGGUGUUGAUGUUAUUGUUAAUUCAUUAUCCGAUAAUUUAUUAAAAGAAUCAAUUAAAUUAUUAUCAUAUCAUGGUCAUUUUGUUGAAUGGUGUAAACGAGAUAUUUAUGAUAAAAAUAAUUUAUCAAUCGGAUCAUGUAUCACCUCUUAUUCAUCUUAUAUGUUUGUAGAAGCAAUUGAUUUAUUUGCUCAACGUAAAUUACGUGCUGUUGAACCCACAGUUACUUAUGAACCAUCUCAAGUAAUAGAAGCAUUAUUAAGAUGUAAUAGUGGUCAAGUUAUGGGUAAAACAGUUUUUCGUAUAACUUCAUCUGAUCAACCAUUAACUAUUAAUAAAAAACAAUCUACUGCCCAGACAGACAAGACCUCUAGAACAACGCGUUUAAAAUUCGUAAAUACACCGUUUUUACGUAUCAGAAAAAUGCCAUUAACGUUCAAUAUUCUAAGAGAACUCUUUAAUACAGCUGAAAAAGUUCCUCAGAAAGUUGCUCUAGUGCUUGAAGAUCAGGUCUGGACGUAUGGUGAAUUGAUUGAGAAGGUCAACCAAGUGGUUCAGUAUCUAAAUCGAUUUGAAAUCACUCAAGGCCAAAUCAUUUAUCAAUUUGUUGAAAGAAGUCUGGAAAUGGUAUGCGGUAUUUUGGGUAUUAUAUGUGCUGGUGGUGUAUACUGCUCGUUAAAUCCAGCUGAUCCAUUGGAACGUCUCAUCUCGCUUAUUGAUCAAACACAAGGACAGUUCGUUAUGUUACAUGAAAAAACACGAAAUCAAUUUCCAUCAUCAGCUGUGAAAAAAGUUAUUUUAUAUGAAGAAAUAUUUUUCUUGUCAAUGAAUACUACUAAGAAGAGUAAAUCUUUCGCUUGCAACGAAGCUGGUGCCGCGUAUAUCAUUUGCACAUCGGGCACAACUGGACAGCAAAAGGCAAUUAUUCAUACACAUGAAAGUCUUUCGGCGAGUGUUGAUGCUCUUAUUCAUUGGAAUGUCGGUUUCUAUUCGUCUCAAGACCAAGUUCUACAAAUAGCUGCUUGUUCGUGGGCCAUGCAUUUGCUCGAAAUUUUUCCGAUACUAGUACUAGGUGGUACUCUCGUACUUAUGCGAGCGGGUGGUCAGUUGAACAUGACCUAUUUUUCACGUACUCUUUUUGAUCAACAAAUAACAACACUUACGAUUGGUGCGGGAAUGGCUCGUGCUCUUAUCAAUUAUGCCGAGGAUCUCGACAUCAAUGAUAAUAUGAUACCUGCCGGUUAUCCAUUACCUGGUUAUCGAUGUUUGUUGAUUGAUGAACACGAAGAAGUAAUCAGCUAUACAACUUUACAAAAAUGCAGUGCUAUCGGUCAAAUUUGUUUAGGAGGUCCGAGUGUAUUUAACUGCUAUUUGAACGAUCCACAACGUACUGCUACUACGUUGAUCACUAUUAAUAGCGAAGCCUACAUUAAAACAGGUGAUCUAGGAUAUUAUAAUAGUCAUGGAGAAGUUGUACCUGCGGGACGUACCGACUUCCAAAUUAAGAUUCGUGGUCAACGAGUAGAAGCAGCUGAAAUUGAAAAUACAAUUAUUGCGUCAUUAUCCAAUGAGAUCUCAAGCUGUCUUGUGAUGAAAUCUACAGAAAACGAAGAGCGUCUCAUUGCUUAUCUGGUCUCAAAAAACUUGGAUAUUAAUAUCGAAUCAAUUCGAAAAUAUUGCAAUACACAUCUUCGUCAAUAUAUGAUUCCAUCUCAUUUUGUUGUACUCGAUAGUUUUCCAGUUAAUACAAACGGGAAAAUAGAUAGAAAAAGACUUCCGCCACCAUCACCAUUGUCUAGUUGUACAUCAACAAAACUCACUGAAACUUACGAAGAACAACCAGUUUCAGAGUUAGAAGAGAAAGUGCAUCGAUUCUGGUGUACUUUAUUACAUCUCGAUGCUAUUUCUCGUGAUGCAAAUUGCUUUGCACUAGGCGGUUCAUCCCUGUCAAUAAUGCAACUUUUCAACUAUUAUCAAGUUUAUUUGGCUCCUCACAAGCAGCUCAACGUGCUCGAUUUUAUCGUUAACCCAACGAUUGUCGAGCACGUCAGACAUCUGAAAGAUCCAGAAAUGAAAACAUUUACUCAUUGGAAUGCACUUAAUCUUGUUCAAGGUAUGUAG